AGUUUUCUUGUGUUGCUUUGCUCGAGGGGCAAACGUCCGACUUUUUAGUUGCCUUUGCGGCGUGAAGCCCGUCGAUCUUUACUGCGAUUGUCAUUCCUUAAUCUUCUACUCUCUGUAUUGGUGCUUUUAUAAUAUCCGACGUGCACUUAACUCGUGAUGAACGCGAAUAUGCGAACGAGCAAGCGGAAGCGCGAGCGAACCGGGUCUCUGUCUCCUCCGCCGCGCACUUCCAAUGGCAUCGGCGGCAGCGGCAACAACCCCGCUGCCCACAACCCUUCCCCCGCCUCAUCUCCUCCUCCCUCCCCCGCCACCUUCGUCGGUCUCCUUCAGUACCGGUGCGGCAGCGACAACGCACACCAGCGGCACUCCUUUGUCAUGCGACACAACUUGUUGCACAUGCAGGCGCUACAAGAGGUGCUGCGCCGCACUUCGCUGGCGGAGAUGCGCGACCGGGAGAUCGUGGAGUGGCUGCAGGGGACGGAGCGGUGGCUACGCGAGUUCCAUCAACCUUUAGCGGCCCCUGAUGCGGCCUCAGGUAGCGGCCAUGACGGCGGCAGCGGCGUCGCUUUCCCGUCUUCCUCUUCCGCGGCUGCUGUGGUAACGGGGGACAGCUUUUCCCGUGUCUACGGCGGUGCCCUGUCGGAGCUGCGGCUGCUGGUGAUUGGGGUGCUGCACACGAUGCCGUGGUGGCGAGUAGUGGAGACGGUCGCGAAGUCGCACACCGAAGUCGCGGGCCGCGGCGAUGACGGGGUGGACCAUGGCCGCGCGAGCUCUUCACAAGGCGGCGUAGCUCAGCGUAACGCGGGACACAAUAGUAGCAGCGGUGGAGGAGGUCGGGGCCAGCGAGGCAACGUGACGAAGCAAAGAACCUUCGAUGGCGUUGGUAGCGAGGCGGCUGAUCGUGUCUUGGCGGCCCACCACGCUAUCACCCGGUGGCAUGUCCGCCUGCAGGUCGCCUUCGAGCGCGUCUGCCUCGUGCUGAUCGAAAAGUCGCAGCACACGGUGCGUGGGGUGUUGGAGGUGUUGCUGAAGCCGUGCCAGCUGCGACCGCCCGUGCGGGACGGGGCUCGCCGCACCAUCCCGACGGACAGCUUUAUCCGUGUCUUGAACGCCGUGGCGACGCUCUACAGCUCGAGGUACGUCAUUGAGCUGCUGGAGGGCUGCAUUGCAGAUUUCAUGCCGCGGCGGCGGUGGGUGGAGCGGCGACAUCACGUGGCCUGCACCGCGGUGUUGCUGUAUGUGGCGUUGGAGGGCCACACCCCUGCCUACCACCCGCGGCUCGGCAACAGUCAGAGCCUGCAACGCGCGAUUGAGCUGUUAAAGUCACUGCGACCCCGCGGAGAAGAGGGUGGAGGGCUUGGCGGGUCGCCGUGGCGGCUGCCGCACGCAACACUUUCUUCGUCAUCCUUUGUUCCAGGCAGUGGCACGUCGGAGGACAGCGGGACCGAUGUGGGCGGUGGUGGCGGUGGCGGCGGCGGCUCCUCCUCUGCCACCUCGGAGCGGCCGUCACGCCGCGGUCGACGACUGCUGCCUUCGGCGAUGGAGGGCAGCGUGUUGCCGGCCGGCUACGUCAGCGCAACGCUCUUUGAAGACGCCCGCCGUGGCGGUUUGGGUCUUCGCCAGCCGGCCCUCUCCAGGCCAGGCGCCACCGCCGCGAGGACAGUGGCGGCGAGCGACACGGAGCUGAGCGAUGGCACGAUAGCGGGCGGUGUGUACCGUGAAAGCACUGGUGUACUGGUAACGAGGAAUGGUGGCGGAGGUGGAGGGGAGGGUGGGAGUGACAGCUCCUCCACAGCGGCCUCGCAGCACGGUCACACGAAGCGCAGCAGACAUGGCGGCUCUCCUCAACAGGAGCAAGACGGCUCGCACUCUACUGCAGGCGGUGUGACAGCGUUGAACAUGAAUGCCACCGCUGCAGCAACCAGCCUGGAGAGUCUGUUGGAUGUCUCGGCCGAGCAUAACAACAAGCUUUUAGCCCAUCGUAACAGCAUUAUCCGCGUGCUGCUGAACCGACUGCUGGACAUGGAGCAAACACUGGAGCCGCGAGAGGAGGAGUCCCACGUGAAGGACGCGACAGCGACGUCGAUGAGUUGGGUGGCGCAGGGGUCUUUUCGCCGUGGGGCAUCCUCAAGUGGUUUGGGGAGCCCGUUCGGGUAUGCGCCGCCGUCUGGUCCGGCGAGUCCCUCCACUCUGGUCCCGUCCACUGUAACCACAGUCACGGACACGAACAUCUGUAGAGGUGGUGGCGGUCCUUCGAAAGGCCUGCUCUUCCCAAGCGCACCGGCUGCUGCUGCGUUCGCGAGCGACACCGCGACGGCGUCUUCGUCCGCGCGUAGCAGUCCUGCGGCUCUCUCCCCUGCGGGAGUCUCGUCUUCCGGUUCGUACCUGCUUGAUCCUUCACACACCCACCCACACAGGGGCGUGCCCUUUGGUGCAGGGACCCCGCUGCCGCUGGAGGAGCUCUUCAAUAGCCUCUCCCUGCCCUAUCUUCGUAUUCUGCGCGACUGCGCAACGCUCGUGUACGGCCGACUCGCCGAUGACCUUCGACGACAGCAGGUUGCCGGCUCGUGCGGCAACGCGGACUGGUGGGAGGAGAUUCUGUACUUCUACCUCACGGUCGUCACGCGGGUUGAGCGGCCGGUUUACGCAGUGUACCUCGCGCCGAGUCUCGCAAUGCUCAGCACCGAGGACGAGCCGGUCAACGUGCUACACAAGCUGAUCACACUCGUCACAAAGGGCAGCAUGCCGGUCGAGCAGCCGCGGCCGGCAGUGAGCAGCACCAACGGUGGUGUUGGUGGUGGUGCGUUUGGCCGACCCUCAGCUGCGCCGUCCGCACAGCCGGUCCGUCUGCGCAUGGCACCCCCAACCGGAGGCAGCCGGCGCAUGGUCACCAUGGAAGAGCGACUGCGCGCCGCGCGGCACGUAUUUCCUCUCUUCCGCUUCCUGCGCAGCCGGCUGGACGACGCUAGUGGCGAGGGGGUGCGACGGCGCUUGCUGAAGUGGACGGCGCAGGAGCUGCGAAGGCUAGGCGGCGCUGGUCUGACCACCUCAGCCAACAACACCAGCAACAGUAGCGUCAGCAGCAGCGGCUUUGGCGUCUACGCGCAUGUCCGCAGCCGACACCUGCCGUCACGGGAGAGCCGACUGGCGCUCGUGACGUUUGCGCAGUGUGCGGCGAUAUCGGAGCUGAUGGCGGUCGAUCUUCUCCCUUCUGCGGUCCCACCCGUGAGGGCAGAGUUGGACACCUCCGCGCCGAACAGGGAGGGUGGACAUUUCACUACCAUGGCGGCCUCAGGGGAUGCGUCCGACAGCAUCGCCGCGGCGCUGCAACCGCUCCUGGCGCGUUACACUCUGCAAACCGAUCACCCAGACGAGGAGGUGAGCGACGAGGCGGCCGAGCGGCGAGCAGAAGGGGCGGCGGAGGCGGAAGAGGAGAACAACGAUAACGCUAUGCGCGAGGAGCCCUCCGAGUCGUCGGUGUCCUCCACCUCGUCGUCCACCCCGCCACGGAAGCAACAAAGGUGCCCACGGCGAAGGCAGGGACAGGACGCGCCCGCGUCGUGCGAGGCCGCACCGCGACGGCGAAUGGAUCUGCGUCAGAUGGAGUACGAGGGUUUCCUGCAGCCGCUGCUGAUGGCCAACUGCCCAUGGCAGGCGUGGCUGCGAUGA